AUUUAAACUGGCUAUAUGGUCAGGGGACCUGAGUAAAGAUAAAGAGGUCGUAUGCUGGGCGGACGGCAUUAUUGUCUCCUACAAAUCAGACAUAUCAUCUAAUCAUGGACCCCCAUACCAGUGCCCAGGACGUGAGUCGAUGUGACCUGUGUGAGACCGCUGUGGUACAGAUGCACUGUGAUACAUGUCUAGUCAACCUGUGUAUGGCCUGUGUGGGAGAUCACAUGAUGCCUGAUCAAUUCAAAAAACAUGAAAUUGUCCCAUUUCAACUUAGAAAAUCCACUCCCCUCUACCCUAGAUGUACAACUCAUAGCAAAGAACGAUGUGAAAUGUACUGUUAUCAAUGUGAUAUUUCUGUUUGCAACACCUGCAUUGCAUCUGAUCAUCACCUGGGUCAUAAAUUUAUAACAAUUUUGCAAAUUCUGGAUGAAAAAAAGAACAAAAUAAUCAAAGCACAUACCGAAUUGAAAGAAACAAUAUAUCCAACCUACCAGGACAUUGCCUCUGAUGUACAAAAUAGAAUGAGUCAGUUAGAAAAGGAAUAUGGGGAUCUCUCAACAGCCAUAACAAAACAUGGAGAGGACUUGCACAGAGAAAUUGACAAACUUGUCAAGAAACUUAAAGCUGAAGUUGAUGAGAUGAAAAACACACAGUUACAAACUCUACAGAAACAUUUGGAUGAGAUAAAUAAGAAAAUAUUUGACAUCGAGGAUGAAAUAGAUGCAGUUAAUGCCACUAAAGACUCUAAUGACUUGUCAAAACUGUUCAGUGUUAAAUUAAGUCUAGACAAAUACAAAAAGCUUCCACCAAAAAUUGUGUCUUGUACACCUAAAUUCAUGCCAGGAAAAGUUCAAGAAAAAGAACUUCAUGACAUGAUUGGAGCUGUAACACCAAGUUCUCUCACCUCGGGUGAUUAUUGUUACAGUAUGAAGUUUUCACUUCCAGAACCUGAGUCUGUCACCACCAUAUACACUGGGUAUAGAUACCUUUACAAUGUGGCCUGUCUGAAUGAUGAAGAAAUCUGGACAAGUGGAGAUGACAACACCAUGAAACUCUUCAGCAUCAAUCAAGGAUCUCUACUCAAGUCAAUAACAGCCAAGUCCGGGAAAAUACCAUGUGACAUAGCAGUGACAAAAAGUGGAGAUCUAGUUUAUACUGAUUAUCAUAAGAAAUCUGUGAACAUUGUAAAGAAUAAGAAGACAGAGAAGAUGAUCAAACUACAGAAUUGGAUACCUCUUGGUGUCUGUAAUACCUCCUCUCUUGAUCUCCUGGUUAUCAUGUACAGUGAUGAUGAUAACAAACAAACAAAAGUUGUCCGUUACUCUGGCUCCACAGAGAAACAAACCAUUCAGUUUGAUGAUAAAGGUAAACCUCUCUAUUCAUCUAGUGGUUAUUAUAGAUACGUAGCUGAGAACAGGAACCUGGAUAUCUGUGUGUCUGAUAGUCACGCUAGAGAAGUAGUGGUGGUCAAUCAGGCCGGGAUACUGAGAUUCGUGUACACUGGAGAACAGAACAAGUCCUUCUGUCCACGAGGGAUCACCACAGACAGUCAGAGUCACAUCCUUACAGCUGAUAUUUACAAUGACUGUAUCCACAUCAUAGACCAGGAUGGACAGUUCAUCCGUUACAUAGAAUGCGCAUUGAAAAAUCCGUAUGGACUGUGUAUAGAUACAAAUGACAAUCUGUUUGUUGCUCAGUAUAGAAACAUACAAGUGAAGAAAAUCAAGUAUCUUCAGUGAUGUUAUUGUACUGUAUAUCAUGGUAGAGUCUAGCAUUUUAAGCAUAAUUCAUACAAGUCUACAUUCACAAAAAAUUGGUCAUACAUAUAGGUAGUCAUAUUCCUUGUUCUGUCCAAGAUGAAUGUAUUAACAUAUGUUUGAUAAUUUUAAAACAUGAUAAUGUAAUUAUAAUUUUCCCAAAGACUUUGUCUUCAUGUAUUCUUUGAUAUGGCAUCAGUAAAAUUUGCUGUUAGAUAAAGGACUACCAAAGGUUUAGAUGUUAAAUCAGUGGAGGUAAAUGACUUGUCAACAAACUUCUGCCCAGAAUUGCAUACUAAAUUCACCCGAGAAAAUGUGGUCAUAAACAUAACAUACCAAAUUAUGAUAAUCUUUGACAGUUUUCAAUCAAAAAAAAUCAUUAAGGUUAACAUUUUUUAAUCUUUACCUACUAGUAUUUGUUGACAAUGACAAGUAGAACUUAUCUAGCCAAUUUUUUUUUUACUAGUUUACGAGUAUCUACGUACUAGAUCUUUGAAAUACCUAUUGUGGAAAUAAAUAUGAAUUCAGAAUUGAAGGAUGAGGCAAGCUCUUUACUUCUUUUGAAUUUUGGGUAUUUUGCUCAAGAAAAAUGUAAAAGAAUGAAGAAAAAUGUAAAAUUGCCCUAUUUGCAAAUAAAAUGCCUUAUAAAUUAAA